CUACAAUAAUCUACAGUGGAAUAUCAAACAAACUAAAAGACCUGCCCAGCAACACAUAGUGCACUGCAUUGGAAAGGGGCUGCAUGUACUGCUCCUCUUCCAUCCAUGAUUCUUAGCGCACAACCCAAAGCAAAGCCCAGGGGGCACGCUACAGUUCAAGUGCUGUCGAGUUUCAUUUGAAGCUUUCAGUUAUAUAUCCAAACGAAGCAACGACCCGGCCCUGCAUACACACAGACAGACAGACAGAGAGCGAGACUGGAGGCCUGCUGAAACGUGUUCCUCUGGGAUACACCACGUAUGUAGCAGGAUUUCUCUCAGCCCAGAUGGGCGUCGUUUUUUUUCCAUCUCCCACAGCCACUCCCAUACCCCCAGGGCAAACAGCAAACACCCAACAACUGCUCCUCCGCUGACAAGCAGCAGCUCUGCACAUCCCAGAGGCCCAGCAGCAACAACAAGGACAAGAAUUGGACGAGUUCAGGAGCAGAAAGAUCACACUGAAGAAUCCCUGGCACUUGAAGCAUGAGUUCAGCUAAUGAUGCAGAUUUGACAGCUGAAGCCUCUCUCAGGAGCAGCUGGUCUCCAGUCCCUCUGCAGCUCAUCCAGCAGCACUACCAGGCUUUAGCAGCCGAUUCCAAUGCAGGAUUCACCCGUCAGUUCCAGGAGCUGAUGCAUGUUGGGAAGGAGCAAACGAAGACAACAGCAGAGCUGGAAGCCAAUAAGAGCAAGAACCGCUACCUGAGCGUGCUGCCCUAUGACCAUUCCAGAGUAAAGCUGACCCCUAUUGACUCGGAGCCCAACUCAGACUACAUCAAUGCCAACUUCAUGCCUGGUCACAACUCUCCGUGGGAGUUUAUCUGCAGUCAGGGCCCCCUGCACAGCACCACGGCAGACUUCUGGAGGAUGGUGUGGGAGCAGAACGUGCGCAGUGUGGUGAUGCUGACACUGCUGAAGGAGCACGGCAAGGUGCUGUGUGACCCGUACUGGCCAGCACUGGACUCCACACAGAGGUACGGACAGGUGGAGGUCACCACGCUGUCACAGAGCUGCAGCCAGGACUGGACAGUCAGCCAGCUGAAACUUUACCAUAGCUCCACGCACACAGAGAGGAGAGUGUCCCAUUUCCACUACACCGCCUGGCCGGACUGCAGCGUUCCCCGGACCCCCGCCUCAAUGACCUCCUUCACCGAGCACGUCCGGGAGCAACUUAACAAGAGCGCAGGGGUGGGGCCGACCGUGGUGCACUGCAGUGCUGGGGUAGGCCGCACCGGUACCUUCAUCACCCUGGACUGGCUCCUGCAGCAGCUGAAGUCCGGCAGCGCCAUCGAAGGACCGGGAAUCGUUCACAAGCUGAGGAGCAACCGCUGCAUGAUGGUGCAGACCCUGGAUCAGUACAUAUUCAUACACACCUGCCUGCUACUGAAGAUCACACAGGAGGGACAGGCUGCACCUCACAACCAACAGAUUCUCAUCACAGACGAUGUGCAGAGAAGAAACUGAGAAUGACAGGGUCCCAGUCCAUAUCUAUCUGUACGGGACCAGACAACCAACACCUCCAGCCCAGCGCUGGCUGUCCCAGGAACCAGACAAUCAACACCUCCAGCCCAGCGCUGACUGUCCCAGGAACCAGACAAUCAACACCUCCAGCCCAGCGCUGGCUGUCCCAGGAACCAGACAAUCAACACCUCCAGCCCAGCGCUGGCUGUCCCAGGAACCAGACAAUCAACACCUCCAGCCCAGCGCUGGCUGUCCCAGGAACCAGACAAUCAACACCUCCAGCCCAGCACUGGCUGUCCCAGGAACCAGACAACUGGGGCUUCUUAAUUCAUCUUUAUACCACAUUAAAAACAAUCCUUCCAGGCAGAUAAAUACAGACUCUACAUACAGCACUAUUCUUGGACAACCGAAGGUAAGGUAAUCCAAGACUAGUGCCAAUCUGGGGUCUGUGAAUCCAGCAGAGAAGAAAAUAAGCAGUUAAAGAGGUUGUUUUUCAUGCCACAAAAAGAUGUUAAUCAGUAGUCCUCAAAAGCAUUCUGUCUCUCUCGACAUUUAACUAAAUUAUUAUUCCAGAAAGUCUAUAAAAUGACAUUUUUAUUAUAUAUACACACACACACACAGACACAGACACAGACACACACACACACGCUGAUCAGAUGGCCCACAAGCAGUCUGAGAGCACAGAGCAGUAGACUGCAAUGACUUUACCAGUUCCUCUGCUGGUCCCAGUACACGUCAGCCCUUGUGUUGCGGGCACAGCUUGGAGCUCCACUGGUUUUGACCCAGUGAAGUGACCCUCUUGUGUCUCGUCUGCAGCAGCUUCCAGCCGUCAGUGUAACUGCAGUAAACAGUUCCUUUAGUGUGGAAGCCAGAGGAACUGGGAGUCUUCUGCUGUUCUUCAGCACCUCAAACUGCUUUGAUUUCUUCCUUCCUUCUUAAUACAAGGGAUGAAAGUAAAGACUCUCUCUUUGAAUCACCUAAAUUCACAAUGGGUUCCUAGUUACUCCAAACCAACAUUCACACAGUUUAAGAAAGGAAAAAACCCACUGAAUAAAAUAAUCAAAUCAGAAACAAAGCCACUCAGCUACUGAAGAUAGGUGCUAGUAAGCAGUCUCAAGUGGUUUCCUGUUUCUUUUACAAUCGCGCUGUGCUAAUGACCACAUGGAAUAAACAGCACUGACAUCUCUCCCAGUGUUUCAAAUCUUUCAAUUACUCAGGACCAUGUGGUAAAAUGAUCCUAUCAAUAAUCUUGUACUAAACAAACACUUUCACUACAUUCACAUUUUAUCAAUGAUCUUUCAUAGGCUGAAAAGAACACAGAGCUCUAACCCUCCACUUGUAUCAGUGCUGUGUACAGCUGUUCCCAAACGCAGCCCUUGGUAACACAAUUAUACUGGAUUGAAAGAGUCUAUCGCAGCAGGAACUACCUUUUUUUGCAAUAAUAAAAAACUAAAUUAUAAACCCGCGAGCUGGAAAUGUAUUUCCCAUUCCUUUCAUCUUGAUCAACACCCGUUUGGUUCACUAAGUAUUUUGGUAUCUCUGAAAAGAUACAUCGUUCUCCCGUCAAAAAAAACAGGCCCCUAUCAGUUUAGUAACGGUCGUUAUCCAUUCCCUUCUGAACGGAAGUGCCUGCCUGCACUGUGAUUCAAUGGCAAACUGAAAGACUUGCAGUGGUGCUGUUUGUCACUGAAUUGGUUUCACUAUAGUGUUGAAUAGUUACGGAUGAGCCUUGUACUGUGGCCGGGGUCGUUCUCCACUUUCCACAAGAACUACAAUGAAUACCAACCAAGAACUUAGAAAAACAAACACUCAAUUAUACACAGCUAGCAAUAAACCACUCAAAACCAUUCCAUAAAAACUAUUUGUUUCAGUAUACAUAAAUUCCAUUUAAAAAAAAAAAAAAAAAAAAAUUCUGAUGUCUGACUUAUGAAAACGGAACACUAUAUGUUCAUGAACAGGCCCUACCAGAUUAAUGUGCUGUAUGAAUUCGAAGAGAGACUGCAUUUCAAGGCUGGGCAACAUCUUUGACAGCUUUGUAGAAGCAAUCAAUUCUUUCAGGAGUUCCCUUUGAACUGCCGAACGAGUGACACUGUCUCCAGCUCAACAAGAACAGCUUUCCCUGAGUGUUUUGGGGAAGGCAAGAAGAAAAGCACGCACACAGACACACUAUACAAAAGGCAUGUUUGAAAAGACGUGCUGCCAUUCUUGAUAAAACGACUAGAAUACGAAUACAUACAAAGAG